GGGAGUAUGUAUUAGAAAGAAGGGGUUUACAUCUCCCAACCAUCUCUCUCUCACUCCACUUCCGGUGCGUUACCUCUGCCAGUAGCCGUUCGCCGGUCCAGCAACUGCCACAGCAGCCGCCGAACCGCCAGGUGCCGCCGUCGACGAGCCGUCAGGACCCCGACGUCGCCGACAGUCGUCCGACCCUCCUCUCCCCGUCGCGCAUCAGGUCCGGCGUUACCUUCUAGCAACAGCCGCAGCAGCCGCCGAGCGCCACCAGGUCGCCGACCUCCGUCCGACCAACCCUUCCCAGUUGCGCAGCAGAUUCGGCCGCACCAGGGAGUGGCAGCUGCGAGUUCCUCCUCCCUCAAUCCGAUUUCAAUUCUUCAAUUUCGAGUCAUUUCUUUGCCCCAAGUUGAAGAAGGGUGAAGCCCUGGUAUUCCCCGUGCUGUAAAUCUAAUCACAUCCUUCUCGAGUAGAAGCAUAUCGCCAGUUACUGACACUCCUCUCUGUCACUUGUGCCGGGCAAGGGGCAACAUCUCCUGGUGUUAUAGUCCUCUGAUUACUCUGCGUGAUAAAAAAAAGUUUCUGUCAGUUUUUAAGUAGCGUGAAACAACAAGUAUCCCCCCGUAGAGACGCUGCGAAAAUUUCUACUACAAGUAUCAGUCUUCAGGUUAAAAAUUUCAUCUCCCUCUCAUAUAUUUGCAUUUUCAUCAGUGUACCCCAGUUCUAUUUCUCAUACAAAUUGAUGUGUUUUGAAAUUUAUUGAUUUCUUUUUAGUAUGCAUUUUAGACUCUUAUUCAAUCCCCUUACAAUCAAUGGGGAUUUUACUCUAGGGAUUUGAUUGGCAAAAAAAUUGGCCCCAAAAGCUGCGUAAUAAUUUACAGUAAGAUUAUUGAUCACAGAUUUGCUUAGGGUGAUAAGUAAAAGCAACAAUGGGAAGCAGAGGAGCAUUACCUUUUUCUCUGCGUCCUACCAUGGUUGUGAAUAUUGCCUUGGCCCGCCGGAGCUACUCGACGCCGGCGAGUAGAGCACUUCCACCCCCUGAUGUCCCCCGUUUGGCUGAAACGGCUCGCAUUUCUCUCACUCCGUCUGAGGCUGAGGAAUUUGCUCCAAAAAUUCAACAAGUGAUAGAGUGGUUUGGUCAACUCCAAGCCGUGGAUCUUCAAAGUAUUGAGCCAGCUAUAAGGGCAGAUACCGAGGGUGACAACUUGCGGGAUGAUACGCCCGAAUGCUUUGAGAAUAGGGAAGCCAUUGUAGCUGCUGUUCCAAACUAUGAGGAGCCUUACAUCAAUGUCCCCAAAGUGUUGAACAAGGAGUAGUUUUCUCAGAGCAUCAAAUCUAGAAAGAUGAAGGAAAAUUUGACAUUCAUGAGAAGCUUCAUAUGAUGAUGCAACGGUCAACGAUAUGGAUAUUUUUUCAAGCAACUAUCAAGGAGAUUACCCAAUCAUCUUGUUACUUCUUCUCAAAUCUGGCUCUAGUGAACUUAGACUUUAGACUUGUUUGGCAACCACAGGUUAGAUGUUUGUGCCUUGGGAGUUGCCUUGUUUAGAAAGAAAAAAGAGUAUUUUUUUACUGUGGGUAUGUAAUCAGUUGUGGACCGAAGAUAGCUUUUUUUUUCUGAAUCAGAUCUUUGAACUAUUGACUGCUCAAUCCCUAUUUACUAAACUGAGUCUUGUUCU